CGAGUAACAAAACGCAGUGCACAGCUGAUCAGUGGUCUCGACGGACGGUCGCCGCUCGCUCGUAACAAUUUUUAAAACCCGAGGCAAGACGGAGAGUGUUACAAAACACGGCUCGGAACCGGGACCCGGACUAAAUAAUUCGCGACAUGUUGUCAACCCGGUGUCGAACCUACCAGUCCUCCUAAGUGCCUUUUUGUCUAAUUAAUACCGGUGUGCGUAGAACCCGAGUGAGUGUGACCGUUCCUUGUAAACUAUGGACGUUUCAAUGGUUGCCAUUCGGUAGGCCUUUCCACGAGGAUGGGGGCCUGCGAUGGGGGACUGUCACUGCUCUAACAUCGCGAUAAUGCAGCUAUUCCAUGAGCUGAAGCAGCAGUUUCCCGCACUCCCGGACCACGUCGUGUCACAGUGCAUUGCCCAGAACAGCCACGACAAGGAGACAUGCGCGCGAAGCCUUCGCGCGACGCAGGAGUCGCGGCCGCCUUCGGGCGCCUUUCCGCCCCCACCGCCCCCCGACACCCUGACCUCGAUCAACGCGAUGACCACGAAUCAUCAGGCCGCACCUCGUCCCCACCGGCCAGCCUCCCUGGACAUCGGUGUCGCCCACACCUGUCCUCGCACCCAAAACGGCGCCCCCGCAUCCGCACCGGCCGCGUGCCCGUCACGGGGCUUCUUCGACGACCUGACGAAUCCCAACAACGCUGGCUUCGAACUCAGCGUCAACGUAGCCUGCAGUCCUGCAGCUGGCAAUCGCGAUUUCCGAACGAUACCAGUAGUCGGCGGUACCUGUAAACGAAGCGCCCUGCUGGUAGAGCCCCGACCUCACUACGUCGGGCACGUACCCGAUCACAACGGGGGACUGACGAACGGCCUCGCCGACACCUCCCGGAGCUACACCUCCGUCAGCCUUACCCUGAGGCCCCCGACCUCCGAGCCCCAGCCUCCGAUCAACAUCAGAUCUCACGGCUCCAGCCUCACCUACUCGACCUCAUCCGUCGAUCCGAGGGGCUUCCAGAGUCGCCUUCAAAUCAGCAUCGGGCCCGGCGCCAUUGGCAGCGUGGCCGCCGCCAGGAUAAGGCCCCCGAUGGGUCCGACCAGGCCCACGACGCUGCUUCCCCCGGCUUCGACGCCCCACCGACCCCCGGGGCUUCCGGCCGGACCACCGAGCCAGCUGCCUCGUCCCACGACAACGGUGAGCGCGCCGACGACGCCUUCCGUUCCGACGACGUCGGGCCUCCCGCCCUCGACGAGCCUUCCAACGACACCCGCCUCACCCUCGCCCUCUACUUUCGCACCGAACGCCAACCCUCCACCUCCCAUCUUGACGAACACGACCGUUGCCGACUUCUUACAAUCGCCGGUAAACAAAGUGGCGGAUCAUCAAAAGCAGCUGGUCGCUGAGCAGAUGGUGAGAAGAAAUCGUCUCGCUAAGGAAUUGCGAGCGGAAAAAGGAAAACUGGACGCCAUGAAACGGGAACUGAAAUGUUUGGCAAGACCGUUCAACGCCGCUACGCCCCCGCAGGAGCUGGAGAGCAAACUUCGAAGCGAAAUUUACCAACUCCAGGUUGAAUGCGACAGGAUGGCUAGCGAAGUCGACCAAUCGUCAGACCCGGCAGUGCCUCUGGGAGAGACAAACGAAGAGUUCUAUCAAAGCAUCUACACAGGGCAGCCGUUCGUGCCCUUCGCUGGAACGAACCCGAGGCCACCGCCUCUGCCCUCUCGACCUCCAGCCUGGAUUCCGUCCGGGGACCGGGAAGAACGCGACGGACCCUCGUGGGUCUGCGGGAUGUGUACCUUCGACAACCAUCCGCUUAUGGACAAGUGCGAACAGUGCGAUAUGCCGCGUUUGCCCAGCCACAGUUCAGGUACGGCUAGUCUAAAGUGUUUGGUGCCCGUUGAGAGCUUGAGGCCACUUUUCAACUCUGGUACCACCCAAAAACGUGAUGACCAGGCCUCGAAGACAGCCCCGCUGACUCAGGAACGGUGAAUCACUGGUGCAGAUCGAACCGCAGUUGAUCUUUACCCUUUUGGGUUUGAUUGGAUGUUUACGGUAUUUUUCAACCAUUCGUUCACAGCUCGGUUUUUCCACUGGAGAUUUUUUCGUUUCGCGCUUUGAUGUGAAAGGGAGAUCCACUCACACAGUGUUUUUGAACAGUGACAGAUACUUGUCACAAGCCGACCGUAGACUUACAGUAGCAACGCGUUUGAACUUUUCGUUCGAUAUUAAUUCUCAACAAUUUUUUGCGAGACCGAGAUGACUAAACUGUAUGAAACGCGAUAGAAGUUUCUUAGACGACGAUGAAUGUAAUACAAAAGUGUGGGAAUUUUUUUUCCGUUAUAAUUUGACAAUUCACUUUCAUCUCACUAGCCCCAAAGUCGGUGGGGUUUUGCAAUUCUGCGUCCCAAUGAUUUUUGUAUUUUACUUUUGAGAAAAAUCACGUAUCAGUCGUGGGUCACCGGAGCUGAAACUUUGCUGCAUGAACCCAAAACCAAAAAUACUGUUACAAGUAAAGUGUCAAGUGUUGAAUGCAGUUUGAUAGAUUAACAAUUGCUCAUGUAUAAACGUUAAGUACAUAUAUAACACAUCACGUGAAAAGUGCAAUACAUCCCACAAUAAAUGAGGCCUAUUUUAAAAGCAUAACGUAUAAAUAAAUAAGUCAAUCACGUUUCAUUAAAAUUGAAUACACAAUCGCUUCAUGUUGAAGAUAAUUUCUAAACGUCAUGUAAAUAUAAAGGAUUUAACUUGAACGAUCCAAUUAGUUAUCAGAUGUAUGUACACGCAUUCCGUAAUUCAGUCCCCCACAUUUACUUUGCAAUUCGCGUGUAUAACGUUAUACACGCGACGUGUAUUUCUACAGUUACACUGUUAUAUUUUAUAAAGUGUGUUGAAAGGUUAACAAGAUCGUUGUAGAAAAUAAACUCCAAUAUAGUAAAUAGUUAAUAUGAUUUAUCGCUAGCCCGUUUCCGGCCUCUUUGGUGUAUAGUAAUAAUAACGGAAACCCCCGUCCAGCAAUUCUAUCGGUUUGAAUACUUAACUAAAUUUUUUAUUUUUUUAAAUGUUUUAGUUUUAUUUCUUUCCCCAUAACAAAGAAAGAAAAUUUUAAUAAGCUUCAUGUACAAAUAUUUUUUCAUGCAAUUAUCAUUAAAGCUCCAUGAGAACCUGAUCAAAUGUAUAGACUUUUGUUUUUAGAGGUAUACGCAGAGGCAGGCUCAUCUUCACACAAAAUAAUUCCUUAUUGAAUACUUGCGUAUGAUGUGACCUGAUGUCGUAAUGUUAACUACCAUGCAUAUGUUUUUCCUAAUAAUUGUACUCUGAAGGUUUUAUCAGAAUUUUAUGUGUGUCUUGCAUUCCAUGCAAAUAAAGAGACUAAUUACCAUGUA